CCCCCUCUACUCACUCCUCUAGGGGUGGGCUCGGUAGGAAAGCUGGGGGUUCCAGAGAGCGGCCUCCAGAGACUGGAGGUGGCGCUGUCUGCUGUCCGGGAGGAGAAAGAACAGCAGGGGGAGGUGGUGAUCUUCCACCCCUAUGAGUGCUCCCGAGUGUGCCCUCCUCUUCCAGACCCCAGAGGACUUCCUGCAACACCAGGGGGAGCACUUCCUGGCCCAGGAGAAGGAGAGCAGUGAAGACGGGGUGAUGAUGGGAUACGAGGAGGACAGAGGGAGGGAGGAGGAGAGAGCGGAGGAGAAUGGGGGGAGGGUGGCAGAGGAGAGGGGGAAGGGAACGGGGAGACGCGCCCUGGCUAAAAGAUCUAGAAACAAACCCCUAUGCCUGCACUGCAGCCAAUGCCAGCGUACAUUCACGUCAGCCAAUCGGCUGGCGGCACACAGGCGCGUGCACGAGCAUGGCACAUACGAGUGUCGGGAGUGCGACAAGGUGUUUAAGAAGGUGACGUCACUGCAAACACACAUGCGCUCUCACUCCGGGGAGGCUCGGUAUCUGUGUGUGGACUGUGGUCAUGGCUUCAACACAGAGAUGACCCUCAUCAUACACAGGAAGUCUCACACAGCAGAGCCGCUCCACAGGUGUGAACACUGUGCCAAGACCUUCACCAAUAUGACCAAGUUUCUGUACCACCGUAGAACACACACCACCAAAGCAGCCACCACGACACCUACCCCCGUCGUCCUGGUCCCAGCGGCCCCCAGGAGGAUAUCCCUGUCAGCCCUGUCCAUCCUUCAGAGAGCCCGGGCCCUGAGGGAGAGGGGUGAGGGCAGCCCCAUGGAGGGGGACGAGGAGAACCUGAUGGCCCCCCUUACUGAGGCUGAGAUGGAGAUAGGCGAGUCGGGGGAGGACACUGCCUCCAGCUCUCUGAGCAGGGCAGAGGGAGGAAAGGAGAACAGGGUGGAUGUGGAGGGGACACCAGGGGGCAGUGGAGAGUCCCAACUGGGAGAACAUACUGCUGAUCCUGGUUCCUCUACUGACUCUAACCCCUCUGGUCCAGCUGGCCCCCGGGGAGCGUUCCCCUGCCCCUCCUGCCCUCAGGCUUUCCCCUCCCUGCUCCGCCUGGUCAAACACCGCCAUACGGCCCACGUCUCCGAGAGACACUUCAAGUGCUCUGUGUGCACCAAGACCUUCAAGAAGCAGAUGCACCUACGCAACCACCUGCGCACACACACCGGCGAGCGGCCCUUCCAGUGCUCAGACUGCGGAAAGACCUUCUCAUCCCUGGCCAACCUGUCUCGCCACAACCUCACCCACUCUGGCGUGCGCCCCUACCGCUGCGACAUAUGCCACCGGACAUUCACCCAGUCAUCCAACCUCCGGCAGCACCGCCUACUCCAUGCCAACCUCCCUCCCUGUCCCUGCCCUGACUGCCCCGCCACCUUCGUACGGCCGGCCAAGCUAGCCGCCCACCGCUACACUGUUCACCCGGGGGCCCCGGCCCCGUUCUCCUGCCCCCAAUGCCAGGCUGGCUUCCUGCACAGGAGGAAGAGAGACCGCCACUGUCAGGAGGUCCACCCCACUGAGGCCCAGGCAGACAGAGAGGGAGGGUUAGAGAGCCAGCCCCAAGUGUGCCCUGAUGGGGAGCCACUCUCAGAGCCCUCCACCUCAGAAGACACCGGGACCACCAGCAUCAUGAGAGGGGGCCUGGGCUGCACUGUGUGUGGGAAGAAGCUCAACUCUGCAGCCAACUGGCGUCUGCAUCAGCUGAGCCACGGCCUGGUUCCUGGUCGGUCCUGUGGUGGUGCAGUGGCCAGGGGUAAAUCCCACCAGUGCCUAACCUGCGGUAAGCUGUUUGUCUCCUCCUCUGGCGUGACCUUGCAUCAGCGCAUCCACACAGGAGAGCGCCCCUUCCCCUGCAACCUGUGUGGCAAGCGCUUCCGGCAGAACACGCACCUGCGAGAGCACCUGCGCACGCAUACAGGGGAGCGACCAUUCCGCUGCGAAAUAUGUGACAAGGGCUUUGUCCAGAGCAUGCACCUGGCGGAGCACCGGCGUACACACACAGGGGAGCGCCCCCACGCCUGUCUGGUGUGUGGCAAGGCCUUCAAGUCCUUCUCCAACCUGCGGAACCACAGGAAGACCCACGCACGCCAGCAGAGGCAGGAGGAGGUGGCCGCAGCACAGGUUGCCAUGGAGACCAACGCCGCCAUGGCGCUAGUGGAGGCAUCCCAGGUGGAACUGGCCAAUGGGCAGCCUCAGCUGAUCCACAUACAGACGUCGACCCUACAGCAGACCCAGGGUACUCCCACCAUCAUGUGUAAUGAGUUUGGGGAGACCAUCGCCAUCAUAGAGACCAGUGAGGGAGGAACCCUACCCCUGGCUGAGGCUAUAGAGAUCUACCACACAGCCCUGGAGAACAGUCUGGGGAUGGACUCCAUCACUGUAGACAGUCUACAGCUCAUCUAACAGUCUGGGGAUGGACUCCAUCACUGUAGACAGUCUACAGCUCAUCUAACAGUCUGGGGAUGGACUCCAUCACUGUAGACAGUCUACAGCUCAUCUAACAGUCUGGGGAUGGACUCCAUCACUGUAGACAGUCUACAGCUCAUCUAAAGGCCAGACAGAGACAACUCAGAACCAUGACCGGACCAUCAGAGAACCCUCACAGAACCCUCACACGCCGAUCUAGAUAUUCUGAGGGUCAAAGAGACACUACUCAGAACUAUCACAGACCUGUCAUAGAACCAUCAAACAAGCCUCAAAGAUGUAUCUACAGCUACUGAGAGCCAGUGAGAGGCUCAACUAUUGGAGAACCAUGACAGAACUACCUGUGUGGGCUGUGGGACUGUACUGACUCUUGACCGGCAGAGAGCAUGUUUUACUGACAUCCUAUUGGGGUGAAUUUAUAGGGAGCAGUAGAAUAUUAAACUGUGAUCGAGUGAACUACAGGAGUGUAGGAACACUGGUCUGGUUGUCAUUGUUGAGUACAAAAACGAUUGUCUACAAUUGCAGCAGGCAGGACAACAGUAGGUGUUCAUUCACUCCUCCAGACCAAAUGUGUUACGAUCUCCAUGUUCAGAAAGACAGGGCAGAGCCGGUCAGUGGUGGUGGAGAGGUUGUUGUGACAGAUGUGAAUCGAGGGCCAUUUCCUGUGUUUGUCAUGUUCUUGACUGCCCAUGGAUGUUCAUUCAGUGCUUGUCUGUAAUAUGUGAUUUUUACUUUGAAAACAAUGACUGUUUCUCUUUUUGCUGUGAACAGAUAAAUGAAUGAUUAAAUGAUAUUUGAUAAUA